AAUAAAUACACGAUAGGAUACUUCUGUGGGACAUAAGUAAUCCUCAAAAUACGUCCAUUUCAAAAUCUCACCUAAGAAAUGCAAGGGCUCAUAUAGCAUUUUAUUUCAUUCAUCUUCGUCGACAGAAACAGCUUAAAACCUUCAGCUGUAGGGAGAAAACUUGAAAUCGCAGUAGAAAUAAUCCCACCUGUCCCCCCACCUGAAGCGAGGAUUGAAUCCCGCUCGACCACUCAGACAAUACAAUGUCAUCUACAGCUCCUGAUACUAGAGCUCCAACGGAUGAUAGACUUCUACCCAAAUGGAUUGAAAAUCAACCUGAAUCAGUUCAAUCACAGUAAUUUUGAAAUACUCUCUAUGCUGCCAUCUUACUAAUUAUUAUUCCCAGGCUUACAAGAAGUAGUCUCGAGGGCUUUUUAGAGAAAGCUGCUCAACCGCGACAUGUGAGAAAUUUACGUCCUUCUACACCUUUUUUUCUCUGCUUUUUACUUCCUGCUAUACCUCAAUGCCUUGCUGCAUCUAUAUGUCUUGCUCUAUCCGAUGUUCUUCUACUUUUGUUCAUCAGGCUCUAUUUCAACAUCCGGAUUAUUUCAAUGUUCAAUCGAUUAUCUAAUGGGUUCCAACAUCCAACUCAGUUUCAUUUUCAAUUUUAUUUCAACACUUAGUUCCCUUUUCAAUGUUCAUAUCUACUUUAGACGCCGGAUAUACUGGCUCUUCAGCUCUUACUUCAUGCAAGGCUCCCUUUCAGCUUUCAUACUGACUAUGUGACGCUGCAGGCCUCCGGAAAUGCGUGUAUAAAAUUGUGUCAUUUUAUUGAGCAGUGUAGAGCCUCCUCAUACCGUUCUCUCAGGGAAGCAGUUUAUUCCAAAGAAAAUUGUCUAAAUCUGUUUAAUUUCUACUUGGAAUGGAACGAGAAAAAUCAACAUCGGUCAAUGCGUCAAGUUUUGGAUCUAUUGACUUCUCUCCUCAAUUCUCAUCCAGAUAAAAAUGUUUCGAAAUCUAUAGUAACUAUCAUUGUAGAAAGGUUGCUUUCCGUGAUCAGUCAUCAAGCCUCGCAACCUCUAGUCAAGCCAGCCUUCAAAAUCUUGGAGCACUUGAUAGGAAAGGGUACAGUGAUCAUCAAUGAUCUUGCAGCAUCUCAAAAACAGCCAACAGAAAAAGGGGCUCUACCGAGCUUCAUACUUGAUGGUAUAGUUUCCGAGACUUUCAAAUGGAUGAACCUCCAGGAUGUAUCACCCUCUGCAGGAAAGUUCUUGGUAUCCCUCUUCAAAGUGUCAAAGGAGCUUGCUACCGAAGUAAAAACUGAUGAAUCCGAAGCACACACUAGACUGUGGCAACGUUGGAUAAGUGAGGGCCUCAGCCAGAACCCCGACGCUCUUGAGAAUAUUAAGAAUUACCUCCUUCCGCCUCUUUUCAAACUUGACCGUGUUGGCUCUUUAGCCUUUUUACAAGAUCUCAAUCAAAAGGGACCUUUAGAUGUGCAGGGACAAAAUAUGGAAUCUGAAUCGUUAGCUCAUUUGUCUGCAAUAGAAGUUGGGAAGAAAGCCGGCUUGGUCGAGGAUUCGAGUAAGUCUCCCCAUAAAAACUGCAGGAUCAAUCAAUUAACAGCACUAGAUGUGACCUCAUUUUUGAAGCCUCCAAAGAAGAAUUCAGGCUGUAUCAUUUUACACGAAGAUACCAUCGGCCCAUUAUUGACUCAUCCUUCCAAUACUGUUAGAUCAUUGGCUUUCUCGGUCUUGGUGUCAUCUGCCUCGUCAAUUAGGCCGUUCAGCCCUGUGGUACUCACUUUCCUACAAGAUAAUAUGGCUCAUCUUUACGCUGACACUGAUGCCAAAUUUCGUAAUGAUGUUCUAAGCAAUACCAAGCACAUGAUAGAACGUAUCAAAGGUGCAACAGCGUACCUGGUUAGGGAGAUUGACCGCAUGAUUAUUCAAGACCGUCAGAGUGAUCGUUCAGAUGCCCAAAAACUGCUUGAAAAUCAUGAAAACUUCCUUGUGUGGUUUUUGGAAUUCUUGCAAGGGGAACUCGUGCCCACAGCAUCUUAUCAGCGGCAUAUCACAUCGUUAAGAGCAAUCUCCUCGCUGCUUCGUUCAGGCAUAGAGGAGUAUUCAUCUGAAGAUCGAAAGUCAACAUCUACGCCAGAUGCUACUGUUUGGGCUCAUAAAUUGGCCGUGUUCAACCUAGAGUCGAUACGACUCAUUCUUGAUCUUCUCAUGGAUCCAUUCGAAGACGUCAGAAGUGGAGCCACAGCAAUAUUGAAAUUGGCUAGUCCCCAUAAUUUCCGAUCCUCGAAGUCUCAAUCACCAACAGAUUUCGACGUGUUAAUGGACUUUAUUACUCGUGCGGAGGGUUUUGCGAAGCGUACAGGUCGAGCAGAUUAUGCCGAUGGAGUUGCACGGUCAUACCAAAUUCUUUAUGGUCUGUCGGACGCAAAGGGACGUCUGAUUCUUGUCGAAGGUCUCGUAAUCGGCUUAGAGGGAAAAGUGACAAUCGCCCAUAAAGAUUUAGGUCAAGCUGUUCUUAUUGCUCCGAUCCACAGUGACUUUUCAACGAUAAGGUAAACUACCCUCGACUGGUAAUAAGGAGUAUGCUGACUUUUGUCAUAAGUUACAUUUGGGAAGAGAUUGAAUUCUCACGAGAUGAUUCGGGAGAUGAGGAGUUCGCUAGAACCCGGAAGGAAUGGGACGUCUUGCAAAGCCGCAUCAUUGCAAGUUGUUCCAGCAUAUGGAAUGCUGUAAAGGACAUACUAUGUAAUGAUUCACCGGAGGGUCAUAUCCCCGAAGAUGUUAAUGAUAUUGAGUCUAUUGAUACUAAGGAUGUGUUGAGUUACAGCUUCAGGGCGAUUCAUGAGUCGAGGUGGAUUAUUCUCUUGCCAGUUUACUGAGUUUCGGGUAGCUAACUGAUUUUCUUUAGUAAUCUGAUUAGGACUGUUGUGACAAAAGCAAAGGAUCACUAUCACGAUGGAUCUUUAGUAAUGAGCUCUGAGCUCUUCACGAGAGCAGGAAACUUGACCUUCGAACAACUCUCCAGCCUACGACAUCGUGGGGCCUUUUCCACGGUCUCGUUAACAUUUGCUAGAUGCUGUCAGCUUUCGCAGUGUCAUGCCUCAAGUGAUUUGCUUGAGAUUUGGUAUAAAGUACAUAAUAAAUCCAAUUACCCACUUCACCUGUCCCUUGUCAGCUGACUGUUUUAGGGUGCUCUGCAAUGCAUUUUUGAGCAAGCUUCUACAACACGAAGAUCCGCGGGAAUCCCGGCACUUGUUACUGGGAUAUUAUCUGCGAAUGCUAAGAGCCCAGCUUUCGAAAAUGUAAUGGCGGAGUUGAAGUCUUUAGCCAGACGUCCCGUUGCGUUAUCUAAGACAGAUGAGACGAACCUACCUCAGGUUCAUGCAAUGAAUUGCGUGAAGGAGAUAUUCAAAAGCUCUACGUUAGGGAAGAGAUCAGAUAAGCACAUCCCGGACUGCUUACAACUUGCUGCAGACAGCUUAACUUCAGAUAUGUAUGUCGUCGAUAAUCAUAAUUAGUCACGUGCUAACUGAAUGAAAAUAGUUGGGCGAUUCGAAAUUGCGGCUUAUUGCUGUUAAGAAGUCUUAUCGACUGCCUAUUUGGUACCAAUGAAAACAAAGCUUCUAUUGAAGCUGGCUGGGAUGGUCGUUCAACGAAACUGUCAUACGAAAAGUAUCCAGAUCUUCCAGAGAUUUUGCUGAAGCUCUUAAACAAGGAGACGAUAAACACGGAGGAUACUAAUGCCCCAGCAAUCGGCGCUGUCGAAUCUGUCUUUCCGUCUUUGGAUAUUCUCCGUCGUGCUGGUCCUCCCGUCAUACUACGUAACGAAAUCAAGGAAAGAGUUUCUAUACAUUUGGGUAGCAAAUUUUGGCACACCAGAGAACUAGCUGCUCGUACUAUGUGUACCUUUAUGCUUCAUGAUGGGUGGUUGCUUGACUUACAAAACCUGCUCAAAAUAGCUAACCUAUCUACUAAUUAUACCCAUGGAGUUUUGUUGACAGUCAAUUUUGUGCUGGAACGCCGUCUCGCGGUAUUCUCAAGCGCUCCUAGUAAGUGCUAAUCACAAUUACAUCUUCUAUUCUAAUUAUGUAUCCUAGGCAUCGAAGACCUCAUCACUUUGAAAGAUGAUAUUGAGGCAUUAGACCACAUGCACAAAUGCCCGGAAGUUUUGGCGACUUAUGUUGAUUUCAAAAACCUCAUUUACCAAAUCCUGCUGGAUGCAUCUUCCUCUCCCUCUUCCUCUUCUCUAAGCAAGCUUAAUAGAGAAAACCUCAUUGGCAACUACGACGCGUAUAACUUGUUAUUGGAUGAGAAUGGGCAGAGCUACUCGAAAGUGGGUGUCGAUGUAUCUCGUGAGAAAUCCCGCCUUGGUGGCGCUUUAUUACAUCAAGCAACUGCAAGGGAAGCUGUAUAUAUUUCUGGCCUGACCGAAGACAUUCAAGACCUCAAAAGAGCUUUAAAUCAUUAUUGCGACAUAGAUGUCGACACAGCUAAUCCAUCUUCGGAAUGCGUGCUACAGGCAUGGAGGAAUCACAGUAUGAUCGUGUUGGAGGCUCUCUUAGACGCAGUAAUAGUAAGCCCAGCAGACCUGCAAAAAAUUGGACCUAGCGCAUACGAACAGUACUCCAAAAUGCUCAAUAGUAUCAAGCAAUGUGAUAUGGAUCAAUACCUACUGGAUAUUGGGGAAAUUGCUCAUUUCAUGGGUUCAGAAACUGGGAAGUCUGGACCGCAUCUGGCUCAUGCAUUGAUGAGAACAAGUAGCACCUUUAUGCUUUUCAAUUGGCUGAAAUCGAAAGGAGAUGACAGCACUCAGAUAAAUUUCAUGGCAAGAGCAGAGCAAUGGAAUGAGGCUGGCAAAUCAUACAACGUGAGUAGCUUCCAGUGAAAUGUCUCCAUAUCCCUCUAACUGAUGACAGGACUUUGACACACGCUUUGCUGCCACAAAGGGACUUUCUUACUUCUUUGCAUGCCUGCCUGACGAUUUCAAAUGGGGUUCCGAAGUACUUCCAUGUCUUAUCACCCUAUAUGACACCCUCAAUGACGAUGACGAUGAAGUUCGUGAGCUUGGAGCAGAGAUUGUCUCUUCCAUUGUGGGCAAACCCUUGAUUCCAUUGGCUGCGUGUGAGGAAUUCGCCGAAUGGCUGAGAUUUCAAUAUCGCCAAGAUCAAAUGUUUAGCUGGAAUAUCAUUUGCCGGAUUACAGGGAGUGAUGAGUUCAUAUUCCACGGAGCCUAUGCGGGGCUAUGUUCGCCUGAAGAUCAGCUUUCGGCAGCAAUGAAGCAAGAUGAUGCUCUUUUUGUUGAAGAAGAACAAAAUCUCUUCAUUGAUGAAGUCAGAGAAGCUAAGCUAUGGGGUAGCAUCCUUUCAAAGGAUUUUAAAAUGCUCGAAAAUAAUGGAUCUGCCGAUUAUCAUUGGCAACAAUACAGUCACCUUGCCCAAUGGAUUCUGGAUGCUCUACGAAAGCUGAACAUACUUAUGGAAAAGAGUGAUGGUCCUCUUGGAUUUACAUCAAAGCCAAGUAUGUUUGCAUCUUGCAUAAGAAUUCUUUUGGGAGCAAAUGCUCUUGUCGAAAGCAGACACACCCUCCCAGAAGGUAUAUCACGAAUCCUUCGCCAAAAAGAGAUCGGUGAAGAAUUGGAUAUUUUCAAGGAUCUUGGCGAGAAGAAUGAUAUUCACCCAUCUUUGCUCUCAAAAGUUAAGAAGAAUGAAACUUCACUCCUCAACCGAAGUUAACGAGGCUUAGGAUUAGCCUUGCCUCUUUGUCGUUCUGAUUGAUAGAAAUAGACUUAAAUAUAAACAAUCCACGCGGAAGUAUUUCUCCUAACAACCACACUCCAAUUCGGUCAAAACUGGCCAACUAUCUUGAAUACACGAUAUUCUGGUUACGGUUGCUCCUCUUUAGUUAUUAAAUACUAGAGUCAUACCUGAAGAGCGUUCUGGUAGAUUUCUUCUUCCAUUACUCACCCUUACGAUUUGACAAUUUGACAAUCUUUCGGCUUCCAUAAUAUCCUCCAUUUCCAUCCAAUUCACCAAAAAAAACCCUUCAACCAUACCUACUGGGAAGCCUCCAUCUCUUCUACCACGAAAAUAUGCAGAAAAAUCAGAUCGUAGCCAUGCUUCUCUGCUUCGUUUUCCUACUCAUGUUUAUUAUGAUUUUCGUCACCAUGCGACUUGUCAAUAUUUUUGUAA